AUGGACGAAGGAGCUGCAGAGGACAAGGUCAUAGAGCAUGGCGCCGUUGAGGAUGUGCUCGGAGGGGGCGUUGUCUUAGAGAAUGUGGUUGGGGAUGUUGUUGUCGUAGAGGGCGUGCUCCUAGAGCUUGUUGGUGUAGAAGACGUGGAUGUAGAAGGCACCGUUCUGGCGGACGUGGUUGUAGAGCAGAGACGAGCUCGACGCGAGGUGGUUGUCGUGCUGCUGCUUGCGCUCGAUGAUGAAGAUGAAGUUGUAGAGGUGGUGCUUUUGGAUGUUGAUGAAGUCGUCGUAGAUGUAGGAGAAGACGCGCCCGUGGAGCUGCUGCUAGAGGGUGAGGUGGUUAUAGCGCUUGAUGAACUGCUGGUACUGGACGUGCUUGAUGUGGCGCUUGUCGUGCUGGACGCCGAAGCGGUUGAGGACGGUGUCGAAGAAGUGCCACUGCUGCUUGUGCUACUUGAAGUUGUCGACGUUGACGUGGAUGAUGUUGUAGAGGUGGAAGGUGUGGUGGUGGAGCAGGAAGAAGUGGAAGGUGAACAUGAGGUAGUAGUGCUUGUGGAGGAACUAGACGCAGAGGUGCUAGACGUGCUCAUUGUUGAAGAAGUGGAAGUCGUCGAUGUAGUUGAACUGGUGGUUGUACUGGAAGUUGUCGAAGUAGUGCUGGUACAAGAAGUGGUAGACGAUGAACUGCCACUUGUACUGCUUGAAGAUGUUGGAGGGGACGAUGUAGUGCUGGAUGUUGUGGAAGUAGAAGAUAUACUUGUUGUGACGCUGUUUGUAGAAGACGUGCUGGUUGAUGACGUGCUAGCGCUGCUGGUUGUUGUUGAUGAAGUAGACGUAGAGGCGGAAGAAGUGUUAGCAGUCUUCGAGCUGGAAGUAGGUGAUGGAGACGUAGAGCUGCUGCUCGCGAAAGACGAAGCGGUGGAUGAGGUAUUCGAGGAUGAGCUGCUUGGGGAUGUGCUUGUGCCGCUCGUUGAUGUAGUAGAAGAGGAUGUGGAUAUGGAGGAGGUGCUGCUGUUAGAUGAUGAGGUUGAUGACGACGAUAAAGUGCUAGUGCUUAUUGACGGCGUGCAGGUGCUGCUCGUUGACGUAGAAGAACUUGAAGUGGAAGUUGAAGAUGAGCUCGCGCUGGAAGUUGAAGAGGAGGUGGACGAGGAUGAUGUUGUGCUGCUGCUGGUAGAAGAACUUGACGUAGAUGAUGUAGAUGAAGAGGUUGUAGAGGAUGAGGACGUUGCUGCAGACGAUGUGCUCGUAGACCAUGUUGAUGUACAAGAUGAGACAGCUGAUGACGUUGAUGUAAAGGAUGGGGUCAACGAUGUUGAUGCAAAGGAUGUGGUAGUCGACGACGUUGAUGUAGGCAAUGAGGUAGUUAACGUUGUUGAUGUAGAGGAUGCGAGAGUCAACGUAGUUGAUGCAGAGGGCUUGGUAGUUAAUGAUGUUGAUGUAGAGGGCGUGGUAGGCGGUGAUGUUGAUGUAGAGGACGUCAUCGUCAGCGUAGCUGAUGUAGAGGGUGUGGUAGUCGACGAUGUUGAUGCAGAGGACUUGGUAGUCGACGAUGUAGAUGUAGAGGAUGUGAUAGCCCACGUAGUUGAUGUAGAGGAUGUGGUAGCCAACGAUGUUGAUGUAGAGCACGUGGUAGACGAUGAUGUUGACGCAGAGGAUGUAGUCGUCCAAGAUGUGGAUGUAAAGGAUGUGGCUAUCAGAACUAGCGAUGUAGAGGAUGUGGUAGCCGACGAGGUUGAUGAAGGUGUGGCCGGGAAACACGUUGAUGUAGAGGACGUCGUAGUCGAUAAUGUUGUUGUAGAACGCGUGGCCGUCAACAACGUUGAUGUAGAGGACGUGCGAGUUGACAAUGUUGAUGAAGAGGAUGUGGUUGUAAAUGACAGGGUCGUAGAGGAUGAGCAGGCCAUGGAUGGCACUAUUGUACUCAAUGGCGACGCUGAGGCUGAUGUGUGCGAGGCGAACGACAUA